AUGAGUGAAAACACUUUAAUCCGAACGAGGAAGUUCAUGUCCAACCGCUUGUUAUGUCGCAAGCAAAUGGUGGUCGAUAUUUUACACCCUGGACGUAGCGUCCUUUCGAAGAGUGAAAUCCGAGAAAAACUUGCUAAGACCUACAAAACUUCUCCGGAUGUUGUCUUUGCAUAUGGCUUCCGAACUCAGUUUGGAGGUGGCAAGUCGACAGGAUUUGCAGUUGUGUAUGAUUCUUUAGAUCAUGCUAAAAAGUUUGAAAUGAAAUACCGUCUUGCUAGGAACAACUUAGUGACAAUCCCACAAAAAGGAAGAAAAUUAAGAAAGGAGAGGAAGAACAAGGCCAAAAAGUUCCGAGGUACGAAACAAAAGAAAUCCAAGAAGGACUCCUAAAUCUGUACAUAAAUAAAUUGGAAUAAACGGUCAGACUCGGAAAUUUUGUCUUCUUAAAGCUCCUUUCUAUAAGCUCCCCACUUCGGAAUAUAUAACCUAAUGAUUUUAUUUGGCGGCUUGUUUUUGAACUGAAUAUAGUGUCCACAUCAAAAACGCUAUUCGAACAUUUUCGCUUUGAUAGGUUUAGCAAUUCAAUCAACCUGUUAUCAGACUAUAGGCACGGCGAAGCGAUUUUGUGUUUGGUGUAUUACCACUAACAACAGUUCUAAGUGUUGCCGUCUUCAUGGGAUCCAACCACAGUGAUAGUUUCGAAACUAAUCUUGUGUAAAUCGAAGCACCCUUUUGUCACUUUUUAGGUGAAUAUCGGCAGUAAAUCCUACCUGGAUGUGAUGUUCGG